UGAAGCUCUUCCAAGAAGAGCAGAGAGACGGCUACCGCUCAGCCCCGCGCCUUUGAAGGAGCCGUGAGCCACCCAGCGUCCGGGGAGUCGGAACGUCAGCCGCGGUCACACCUCCCGGGGCAGGGGAGAGGUGGCAGUCGGCCGAGCGGGCGGGACCUGCCUGCAUCGCUGCGGGUCCGGGCCCCGCUCCGUGCACAGGGUCCCAUGAUGGCGGCGGCAUGGAUGGACCCUGCGCGGAUAUCUGUGACCUUCGAUGAUGUGGCCGUGACUUUUACCCAGGAGGAGUGGGGGCAGCUGGACCCCGCCCAGAGGACCCUGUACCAGGAGGUGAUGCUGGAAAACUGUGGACUUCUGGUGUCUCUGGGGUGUCCUGUUCCUAGACCUGAGCUGAUCUACCAGUUGGAGCAAGGGCAGGAGCUGUGGAUGCUAAAGGGACACCUGUCUCAGAGCGCCUAUGCAGGUGACAAAGGAAAAUCCAAGACCACAGAAUCAACCACUAGUGAGCCAGCCCUGUCUGAGAGAGUCUUCCACCAGGAACAACUAACACAAGGAAUUCCAGGGAUCUCCCAGGUAGGCCGAACUAAGGAUCAGGUUGGGUCAUUGCAAAUGCAAGAAGGACACUUGAGACCAGAGAUAGACCCCCAGAAGGAGAAGCUCCCUGGAAAAUCAAGCUCUGAACAUGGCAACAUAGGAACAGCUAAUAAUGUAUAUUCAGGGAUUGUACAGGAGCCUGUCCCUCGGGGAGGUGCUCUCCAUGACCGUGACUCGUAUGGGUCAGGUAAAGAUCCUGUGAUUCAGGAAGAAGAAAAUAUCUUUAAAUGCAAUGAAUGUGGGAAAGUUUUUAACAAGAAACGCCUCCUUGCUCGACAUGAAAGGAUUCACUCUGGAGUGAAGCCCUAUGAAUGUACCGAGUGUGGGAAAACAUUUAGUAAAAGCACUUAUCUCCUUCAACACCACAUGGUCCAUACAGGGGAGAAGCCCUAUAAGUGCAUGGAGUGCGGGAAGGCCUUCAACCGUAAGUCACACCUUACCCAGCACCAGCGGAUCCACAGUGGAGAGAAGCCUUACAAGUGCAAUGAAUGUGGGAAGGCCUUCACCCACCGCUCCACUUUUGUUUUGCAUAACAGGAGCCACACUGGAGAAAAGCCCUUUGUGUGCAAAGAAUGUGGGAAAGCCUUCCGUGAUAGGCCAGGUUUCAUCCGUCACUAUAUCAUCCACAGUGGCGAGAAUCCCUACGAAUGCUUCGAGUGUGGCAAGGUCUUCAAACACAGAUCCUACCUCAUGUGGCACCAGCAGACUCACACUGGGGAGAAGCCCUAUGAGUGCAGUGAGUGUGGGAAAGCCUUCUGUGAGAGUGCGGCCCUCAUUCACCACUAUGUCAUCCACACUGGGGAGAAGCCCUUUGAGUGCCUGGAGUGUGGGAAGGCCUUCAACCACAGGUCGUACCUCAAGAGGCACCAGAGGAUCCACACUGGGGAGAAGCCCUAUGUGUGCGGCGAGUGUGGAAAGGCCUUCACCCACUGCUCUACUUUCAUCUUGCACAAAAGGGCCCACACCGGAGAAAAACCCUUUGAGUGCAAAGAAUGUGGGAAAGCCUUUAGCAAUCGUGCAGACCUCAUUCGACACUUCAGCAUCCACACUGGAGAGAAGCCCUAUGAGUGCACGGAGUGUGGGAAGGCCUUCAACCGCCGGUCAGGGCUCACGAGGCACCAGCGGAUUCACAGUGGAGAGAAGCCCUAUGAAUGUGUGGAGUGUGGGAAAACCUUCUGCUGGAGCACCAACCUCAUCCGACACUCUAUCAUCCACACCGGAGAGAAGCCCUAUGAGUGCAGUGAGUGUGGAAAAGCCUUCAGUCGCAGCUCGUCCCUCACUCAGCAUCAGAGGAUUCAUACUGGGAGAAACCCUGUCCGUGUAACUGAAGUGGGAAGACCCUUCACGAGUGGGCAGUCCUCAGUCAACCUCCAAGAGCUCCUGUUGGGGAAAGACUUCUUGAAUGUAACCACUGAGGAAACUUCUUACUCAGAAUCUGAUCGUUCAUACCAAAGAGAAUCCCCUCAGUUUCCUUCCCGAUGAGAAACCCUCUGUUGUAGGACAUCAUUUGUCAUCUGAGGAGUCAGAUGGGAAACUUACCCCAUCUGGAGCCUUAUCCUACAUCUGAGAGUUCAUCCAGGGAGAGACCCAGUGAUUAUGUGCACAUAGGAAAACCUCCAGCUACAUGUUUUUCCUUGUUUUACACCGCAGUAAUAUCUCAGGAAUUUUU